AUGAAAUUAGUUAUAAAUUAUUUUUUAAUGUUUUUAAUAAUAAUAUUAUUUUGUAGUAAAGAAUCGAAUUUUACGGAAGGCAAAGAAUUAGUUUUUACAAAUUAUGCAAAUGAAGAUUGCUCAGGUGAUCCAAUUAUAAUAAGAGCCGCUUUAACAAAACCCAAUUAUUGUUUUAGAAUGUUAUGGCUCGAGUCAUUAAAGAUGAUUUGCGAUAAAGAACAAAUGAAUAACACAUGGGCAGAUUGCUACACCUCCCCAUGCGAAUGCGAUUCUGACGAGUGUAAAACAUAUUAUAAUUUUAACAAAUGUCAAAAUGGAACAAUAAUUACAUAUUCCCAUUUAAACUAUUUAGAAAAAGAUUAUUGUGUUGUUUCAGAAAGUGAGAGUGAUAAGGUAUCAUUAGAUAGAUACAGGUCAAUGGGCGUAUUGGUAGUUAAAAGUGACUUUUGCUGGGAAGGAAUAAAGUUGGAAUGUAAUUUGUUAGAGUAUAAUUUUGUAGAUUGCGAGUCUAAAAAGAUUUUGUUGAAUGCAUACACGCUAACAAUGGGUAUCCUAUACACAGACGCUGGAAAUAUUAGUUUUUAUUUUGGUGAUGCCAAUUUCUAUAUAUCACCAAUAUUCAAUCAGUCAAACUCCCUAAAAUCAAAUAUAAAAAUAAUAUUUUAUAAUAAUAUAUUGUUAUUAUUUUUUACAUUUUUUAUAUUAAAAAUAUUUAUUAAAAAAUAA